AUGGAGAGAGCCCUGUCCUUUGGAGCCCGUAGUCUGGAGGAAGAAGCUGCGCUCCAGGAACCUGGGAAAUGCAUUGACUGGAACCGUGAGGUACUGAAGAGGGAGCUGGGCCUGGUGGAAGGCGACAUCAUCGACAUCCCACAGCUCUUCUUCCUGAAAGGCGCCUAUGCCGAGGCCUUCUUCCCCGACAUGGUCAACAUGGUGGUCCUGGGCAAAUACCUGGGAAUCCCUAAGCCCUUUGGACCCCUCAUCAAUGGCCGCUGCUGCCUGGAGGAGAAGGUUCGCUCCCUGCUGGAACCUCUGGGCCUGCACUGCAUCUUUAUCGAUGAUUUCCUGUCCUACCACCAACUGCUUGGGGAGAUUCACUGUGGCACCAACGUGCGUCGGAAACCCUUUGCCUUCAAAUGGUGGAACAUGGUGCCAUGAACCUGCUCAGCCACCAUCCUCACUGCCCUGCUGCUGGGGAGUCCCAGGGUGAGGGCAAGGACCAUGAACCAGACUGCCUCCUCCUGGGACCUAAAAGCCAGCUGGCCACAGCUGUCAGUGGGCUCCAGGGGGCCACAGCCCUUUCUCACCUCCAGAUUGGCCUACCCAGCCCAGUGGGGAGGCCUGUUCUCACUUUUCCUUUCCUCUUCCCAGCCACAGCCCCCAGGGGUUCAAGGCUGGCAACUGAAUAUGUUCAGGCAUGACCUCUACAGGUGGACCCCACUUUGAGUUGUUCUCCUCUAUUUGGACAUCUCUCUGGGGCCUGAGGAAAAUGACUUUGGAUCUGCUUCAGAGAUACCCCACCACCCACCCCCUGUACCUGGACCCUGGAGUGAGAGUGAUUGGAUUGUAUAAGACAAAAGGGAAAGUUUGAAGUGUCCUUUUUCCAAAGGGGACCCCAGGCAGUGACCUCCUUGGCACCUUCAGCUCUGUGUAGGUAAUCAAGGACAGGAAAACCUGGUGUCCGAGGGCCUCUUUCAAAAAGGGACAGGAGCAAGCAGCAAAGGCUCUUUAAUACCUGACUCUAUCCACCCUGUCCACCACAGGGUGCUUGUUACCUGUUACCUGUCUGGACAGCCUUUAAUUACCAGAGCUCGUGUUUCCGGUUGGAAGAUGCUGGGGGGCAGAGGGAAGCCCGGGCAGGAGGGCUGGGGCAGGAAGGCAGGGUUGCUCAGUGGGGUGUGUAUAGGGGACCGGAAACCUCUGCACCCCUGCACCCUGGGGCUCUUGUCUGGGCAUUUGGGGGCUUGGAAUCUGAAGGCAGCUGACUGUUCCAGAUGUAGAGAGGAUGGAGCUCAGGUGUUAGAAUAGGGUGGGACAGGAGGUUGGUUCCAUCUGGAGGUGGGGUAGGUUAGGUUUCAUCUGGAGGUGGGGCUUAAUUUCCUCUAAUAGUCUGUAAUUACUCCCCAACCUGCUGCCGGCAGUGGGAGGGGAGGGCCAGAGCUCCCCCAGCAGCCUGGGACCCUGCACCCACUUGUACUGCCUGAGUAAACCCUGUGGCAGGCCCGUGUUCCCCUCCUGGACAGACAGCUGCUCCUGUGAGGCUAAUAGCUCUGGGUGAGAUUACAGAGGCAUGUGUAGGCAGGCAGGCUGGCCAACAGGGCCACAGGGCAGGGCUGAUGGAGGGAACCAGCCUGCCCUCUUUCUCCUCUGACCGAGGGGCUACCAAAGGCUGCUAGCCCCUGGACUUUUCUCUGCAUUUUAUGGUGACCCCUGGAGAGAUUCCAGACUAGAGCAGUUGCUGUCAUUUUCUAGCCUCAGGGCACUUAGUAAGCAAAGGCUUCCCUGUAACUGUUAAGGUGGAUGAAGCCAGGUAGUUAUUGGCUCCUCCCCUUCCAGAAGGUUCUAUGGAGCUGGAAUCUCAUUUGCAGGCUCCUGACAUCAGCACCCUCCUCUAUGAUCGUGACCCAGCUGAGGCUGAGCCAUGGAGAAGGAGAAAGGAGACAGAUGGAGCGAAGAGGGGUGGGCAGGGCCUGGACUUACCUAGAGGAGGCUGGUGUGGUAGAGAAGAGGGGACUCUGCAGAGCCCUGGGGAGCAAGCCUUCUGGAGUUGCAGUCAGGGCAGUCUGGGGUCCUGGGUGACCAACCACCCUCUUUCUGAUCAAUAAAAAUACCAGUGUGCAUUUCUUUA